AUGUUAAAUCUGAACAUUGACAAAGCACAAGCCAAGAGAGUUGUUGAUCUACAUGAGCUUGAGGAAAUCAGACUUGAUGCUUAUGAAAGCUCCAAAAUCUAUAAGGAGAGAACCAAGGCUUUUCAUGACAAGAAGAUUGUUGUGAAGGAACUAAAGUCUGGAGAUCAAGUCUUGCUUUUCAACUCCAGACUUAAGUUGUUUCCUGGCAAGCUCAAGUCAAGAUGGUCUGGACCAUUUGAGAUUAAAGAGGUUUUGCCAUACGGAUCAGUAACUCUGCUGAACAAGGAUGGUAGUGAAUUCACAGUAAAUGGACAAAGGGUCAAGAAGUACCUUGCAGAUCAAAAGAUUCCGGAGGGGUCCUCUGUGCCUCUCUGUGAUCCUCCAAAAGCCUAA